AUGGAGGCCUCGCCGUCUCGCAGCGACAGCUUCUCCCGCGGCGGAUGGCCCAGGUGCAAGCCGCGGUCGUCGGCGCCAUCCUUCGAGCGCCUGGACGUCGAUGCCGCCGCCCUCGGCGAGUCUUUUAGCAGCUCCACGGCGUCCUUCGUUGACAUGGACCCCGAGGAGCUGUUCUCGAUGCGGUGGACGACGUCGGAGGAAGACGGAUUCCACUUCGGCCUGCCGCCGCGCGCUGGGGCGUGCUGCUCCCCGCUGCUGGCCAGCAGCGCCGGCCUCGUGAUCUUCUCCGACGACAGCCUCCUCCACCUUCCCUGCGAGGGCGGCACUCGUGACGUUAUUGGCGGCUCGUCGUACGCCGACGCGUCGGCGUGCUCGUCGCCGGCGUUCCACACGGCGCACAGCACGCCGGCGUUCGUGAUCAGCUCCGCCUCGCCGCGCCCAGGCGCAGGCGGCGCCAACAAGCCGCUGCUGGCGACGCGGAGGAUUCUGCUCAGGUACCUGCGCUUCCUCGUGCCCCUGUGCCGCAAGGCGAGGGCGCUGCGGCUGCCAGUGCCAGUGCCAGGGCGAGUGUUCUCCGCGCCACGCUCCAGCAGGGCGGUGGCCACGACCACCCCAGCGCGCCGAUCGACGUCGUCUGGCGCCGCGGAGUACUGGUGCCACGGCAACGCCGACGUCGCCGUGCGCGACGCCAUCCUCCACUGCAAGAAAUCCUUGCUGACCGCUCGCACCGAAUGCUGA